CCAGGAAGAGAUGGCUUUCCGGGAAACAAAGGAUCCAUGGGCCUACCAGGGAGAAGGGGUCUAAAGGGGGAACCUGGUGAAGAGGGAGCUCCAGGAGAUCCCGGCAUCUCAAUCAUUGGACCCCGUGGCCCUCCUGGUCAACCAGGAGCAAGAGGGUUCCCAGGAUAUCCGGGCCCUAUAGGGUUGGAUGGUAAAUCUGGAAAAGCUGGACCUAAAGGUGACAUGGGCUUACCUGGUCCAAAAGGUGAAAAGGGAGACUCUGGUCAUAAAGGAGAAAAGGGUCUACAUGGUCCAAAAGGUGACAAGGGUCAACGUGGAGAUUCGGCACUCACGGAGUUCCCUGGGACUUCACUAGCAGCACUGCGGCUAAAUCAGAUCCUGACUGUGAAGGGUGAACAAGGACAAGCCAACUGCUCCCCAGGACCACCUGGACCUCCAGGCCCUAAAGGACCUCCAGGGGAUUCAGGAAAGCCAGGGGCUAAUGGUAUACCAGGGAAACCUGGAGAACCUGGGAAACCUGGAGAUCCUGGACAACCUGGAAGAGAUGGAAUUAAGGGGGAUCAAGGAAUGACAGGAUUGCAGGGAAAACCAGGAAUGCCAGGGCUCCCAGGAAGAAAGGGAGACCGAGGAGGAGUUGGGCAAAAGGGAGAGCCUGGUGAAAUGGGUCGGGCAGGCACUAAAGGAGAAAAGGGUGAAGGUGGCAUGCCAGGGAGAGAUGGUGUACCAGGGCAGAAAGGAGAAGUAGGAGAACCAGGAUCAGCAGCUGGUGGAAUUAAAGGUGAUUCUGGGUUGCCUGGACCUGUUGGCCCUCCAGGACAGAAGGGUGAAGUGGGUGAACGAGGAGUUCAGGGCCCACCAGGUCCUAAAGGUGAAGCAGGAAAAACUGAGAUAAUCGACUAUAAUGGCAACAUCAAUGAAGCACUCCAGGGCCCUCCGGGAGUUCCAGGAAGGCCAGGACUCCCAGGACAGAAGGGUGAAGUAGGCCUGCCGGGCGUACCUGGACUCGACGGAGAAAAGGGCCCUCGUGGUAAAACAGGGGACAUUGGACUCACUGGCCCACCAGGACCACAAGGACCCGAAGGGCCCAAGGGACCCAAGGGGGAGGCAGGAAUUAUGGGAUUCCCCGGUCCUAAAGGAGACAAAGGAGAUGUCGGACUGGUUGGAUCACCUGGUUUAGAUGGGCCCACAGGUGAAAAAGGAGAAAGGGGUGAGCCAGGAUUGCAAGGCCCCCCUGGACUGCCAGGUCCCGUCGGACUUCCAGGUUCAACCGUUAUUGGGCCACCAGGAGUACCUGGGCCAGAGGGCCCCCCAGGUCCAAUGGGACCUCAUGGCCUUCCAGGGACAAAGGGCGAGCCUGGGUCAGAAGGUCCCAAAGGUGAUAGAGGUGAUCGAGGUCCCCUGGGACUGCCUGGUGUACCAGGGCCAGCAGGACCAAAAGGAGAAAGGGGCGAUAAAGGAGAUGCAGGAAUUACAGGACCAAUGGGACCACGGGGAUUACCUGGUUCACUAGGACCAAAGGGUGAAAAGGGAGGCCGGGGGGAGAAGGGAAGGAGAGGUCCUAAAGGGCCUAAAGGGGAUAAGGGAAACCAAGGAGUGCCUGGAUUAGAUGCACCUUGUCCAUUGGGUGAAGAUGGUUUACCUGUGCAGGGUUGUUGGAAUAAAUGAUGAUGGUCUAACCUCAGAAUGGAGUGUGUACAUAGAAUAUUUAUUUUUAUACAGUUUUUUGCAAUUAUAAAAGUUACUUUUUUAAAAACUAUUUCAUAUUUUAAUAGCACAUUUUGUAUAAAUUGUAUUAAAUCCUGUGUUGUCUA